GCGCUCGCUCCGCGUUGUGGCUGUUUCGUAUGGUUGGAACUACAGACGUGCGCUGAGGGGUGGGAGAAAUUUCAGGAGUUGCCGUCCCGGCGGUGGCCAGAAGGGGAGGCUGCGAAGGUGGCUCAGACCGGGGCGACGGUAGCAAUAGCGGCGGCACCCUAAGGAAAAGAGAGGUGUCAAUUAGGUAGAGCGAGCUGCUGUGGUCUCCGUGUUUCGUUGCUUGGUGGUGAGCAGCUGAGGGACGCGUCUCCAUGUCGGACAACCAAAGCUGGAAUUCCUCGGGCUCCGAAGAGGAUCCCGAGACCGAGUCCGGGCCGCCUGUUGAGCUCUGCGGAGUCCUCAGCAAGUGGACCAAUUACAUCCAUGGGUGGCAGGACCGAUGGGUGGUCUUGAAGAACAACACUCUAAGUUAUUACAAGUCUGAAGAUGAAACAGAAUAUGGCUGCAGGGGCUCAAUUUGUCUAAGUAAAGCUGUCAUUACACCCCAUGAUUUUGAUGAAUGCAGAUUUGAUAUUAGUGUAAAUGAUAGUGUUUGGUACCUACGGGCUCAAGAUCCUGAUCACAGACAACAAUGGAUAGAUGCAAUUGAACAGCACAAGACUGAAUCUGGCUAUGGAUCAGAGUCAAGCUUACGGCGCCAUGGCUCCAUGGUAUCCCUUGUGUCUGGAGCAAGUGGGUACUCCGCAACAUCAACCUCAUCGUUCAAGAAGGGUCACAGUUUGCGUGAAAAACUUGCUGAAAUGGAAACCUUCAGAGAUAUAUUAUGUAGGCAGGUCGAUACACUACAGAAAUACUUUGAUGCUUGUGCUGAUGCUGUCUCCAAGGAUGAACUUCAGCGAGAUAAAGUGGUAGAAGAUGAUGAAGAUGAUUUUCCUACUACACGCUCUGAUGGGGACUUUUUGCAUAACAGUAAUGGAAGUAAAGAAAAAUUGUUUCCAUAUGUAACGCCCAAAGGCAUAAAUGGCAUAGACUUUAAAGGAGAAGCUAUAACUUUCAAGGCAACAACCGCUGGAAUCCUUGCAACACUUUCCCAUUGUAUUGAGCUAAUGGUAAAACGUGAGGAGAGCUGGCAGAAAAGAUUGGAUAAGGAAAGUGAAAAAAGGAGGCGAAUAGAAGACGCAUAUAAGAAUGCUAUGACAGAGCUUAAAAAAAAGUCCCAUUUUGGAGGGCCAGACUAUGAGGAAGGUCCUAACAGUCUGAUUAAUGAAGAAGAGUUCUUUGAUGCUGUUGAAGCUGCUCUUGAUAGGCAAGAUAAAAUAGAAGAACAGUCCCAGAGUGAAAAGGUCAGAUUACACUGGCCAUCAUCACUGCCACCUGGUGAUGCAUUUGCUGGUGCAGGGACACAUAGAUUUGUUCAAAAGCCCUAUAGUCGCUCUUCCUCCAUGUCUUCUAUUGAUCUAGUCAGUGCCUCUGAUGAUGUUCACAGAUUCAGCUCCCAGGUGGAGGAGAUGGUGCAUAACCACAUGACAUAUUCAUUGCAGGAUGUGGGGGGUGAUGCUAACUGGCAGCUGGUGGUUGAAGAAGGUGAAAUGAAGGUAUAUAGGAGGGAGGUGGAAGAAAAUGGCAUUGUACUAGAUCCUUUGAAGGCCACACAUGCAGUCAAAGGUGUUACAGGGCAUGAGGUCUGCCAUUACUUCUGGAAUGUUGAUGUUCGUAAUGAUUGGGAAACAACCAUUGAAAGUUUCCAUGUUGUAGAAACUUUAGCUGAUAACGCCAUCAUAAUCCAUCAGACACAUAAGAGAGUAUGGCCUGCUUCUCAACGUGAUGUGCUAUAUUUGUCUGCCAUUAGAAAAAUACCAGCUUUCAAUGAAAAUGACACUGAAACAUGGAUUGUCUGCAACUUUUCCGUGGAGCAUGAUAGUGCCCCUUUGAACAAUCGAUGUGUUCGUGCCAAAAUAAAUAUUGCUAUGAUAUGUCAGACACUGGUAAGCCCACCAGAAGGAAAUAAGAAAAUAAGCAGAGACAACAUCCUAUGCAAGAUUACAUACGUAGCAAAUGUGAACCCUGGAGGUUGGGCACCAGCUUCUGUAUUACGAGCAGUUGCAAAACGAGAAUACCCUAAAUUUUUGAAGCGAUUCACAUCUUACGUGCAAGAGAAAACAGCAGGAAAACCUAUUUUGUUCUAGUAUUAACAGCAGUUGGAACAAGGCUGUGUGAACAUUCCACAUUGGAGAAAUGAACCAAAAUGAAUGCUCCAAGCUGGAACGUAGGAUCUACAGUCUUAUGGCCCAAAUCCUGGAUUCUGCACUCAAUUGAAGAAAAACUGCAAUGCCAUGAAGCUGAACUUUCGCCAUCUUCUGCUAGCUCACUUUGCUGAAUUGGUGUGUAAUUAUAAAAAUACAUGUGUUGAUACAUGUAUAUGGCUCUACUUUAUUUGCUUGCUUUAGAGGAGAAAAAUACAACUUUGGGUCACCAACUUGGUUUAUUGCUUUAACUUUUGAAUAAUUUGAAAAGCUUUUGUUUACUGUGGAACUUCAUAAGAUAUGCUCACAGCUCCUGCUUUUGUGUAUGUCUAAAAAGCACAAAGGACAAAUGCACAUAUAGCAUACUGUAUGUGCUUUAUAUACACAAAAACUGUGUGUUAUAACAUUUUCUUCAGGUUUUCAGUAAACUCUGUGUGUCCUUCCAGAGCAGAUUUGUGUUUGCUUUGUAUAAUCAUAGUUCAUUGCUGCUGGUUUCUGUGAUAAAUCAUCUUACAUCAAAUGUCUCUUAAUACGCGAGGGCUGUCGAGAUCCUUAUGACUUUGCCUUUUCUAUGGUCUUGCUCCUAUGAAGACCUUCUGAGUUCUGAUGGAGUAGGUGUGAAAAGCUUUAUUUUAUUUUUCCAGAUAUCUUUAUAUUUCUAUUGUAUUUUUAGUUGUGUAAUAUGUGCUACAGAAAUUUGGUUAUUCAACAUGAUCCAGAAAUUUCUUAACCGAUAUCUUACAAGAGGGCAGGACUGCCAGAAAAAAAAAGCUGCAGCAGUGUCUUGCCCAACUUGCAUGCUACAGGUUGCUUUCUUGCAAUCAGAUAUCCUGAAACUGCAAGAAGUUAUAUUUAUUGAAGCAAAUUGGACUACAGAAGAUAACAUUCCCAGUCUUGAAGAAAGAACAAAUAUGCUGUUUUCUGGGCCUGCCUGCCUGUCUGUCUGUCUUUUUUUCUGUUGAAUAAAGCUGUGAUAUGAAGUUCAUAUAUAAAACCUUUCACAUGUAACAUUUGCCCUGCUCACACACACACACACAGCCUGCACUGUAAAAUGUAAAAAUCCAUAAAACCUAAAAUGCAAAGUUCCCCUUAGUUGCUGUGAGAACUUAACUUUCAAGGAUCUGCUGUCUUAAAAAUCAAAUAACAUGAAGGGUGAACUAUGAGAAGAGACUUAAGGUCCUUUUGAGGAAAUGCCUCACUUGGUGGUUGUGCUUUUAAAUGGAGAUUAUUCAGAUGAACUUUUUUAGCUGUUAGAUCAGCUUGUGUAUAUAGAGAGAAAGAUAAGAUUUGGAUAUAUUUUUGAAAAGAAAGCAGAAAGUCUUAUUUCGUAUAGAGUAGGUGAUGCCUGAAAACAAAGGUAGUACUUUUUAAUGAAGAUACAGCUGAUGAAAAUCUUUGAGGUUGGAAGCAAAUUCUUUUGGAUGUGGUUGGUGUGUCUUUGGAAUGCUAUAAUAGACACACCAAGGUUGAUUUAUGCACAUGUACACAGAUUUCAUGCUUUUUAGUCUCCUUUAUUUGCCUUUCUCUAAAUAAUGUGCAUGGAAUAUGCCUUAUUACAGAAUAACUCUGAUCAUGAUUUGAAAAUGUAGAAAAGUGCCUAUGAGGUAAUGCUAGUAAGGCAAAUAAGGUGGGUAAUUAGAUCUGUUUACUAUAUCACCGGUAAGCAUUUUAUAUACAGUUUCUUAUACCUCAGAUGUGUUUAACCUUUUUACAAUCAACUGGAAAUAAUGUUCGUUCACCAUAGCCACUGAUGGGAACUUCCACAACAAAAUAAUGCUUAUACCCUGAACACACAUUUAACACUUUGCCAUUUCUGGUAAUAAACAUGGAACACAUGGAAGUAACUUUAAUUUAAUUGGAUAGCUUUAUUUUAAAAAGAGAUGGAAAGUUUACAGAGCAGUAUAUAAAUCUUAAUAUCAUUAGUUGCAUUUGCACUAAAUGUGAUGUAUUUUGCAAUUCUGUAAAUAAAAAUUACACUAAAGAUACUAUUUGUAAAGAAUACAUUUUACUUUUAGACAAGUGGUGUCACUUCACUAGAGCUAGUCCUGCCCAAUUGAUCGCCAGAGACUUCUUGAAGGAUUUGGCAAGAGCUAAAAGUGGCAUAGAUGUAUUUCCCAAGCAGCUGAGAAGAUUUGCCAGUCUAUACCAGGCAGCUGUUGUACCCCUUUGAAUGCCACUCUUUUCUUCCCCUCCCUUUUAAUUGGCUCCUUUAAAUGAGCCGGUCCAUUGAUCUGAUACUCAUUCUGCUAAUUAGUGUCUUUCUUUGCCUUUGAUAACUGUUGAGCAGAUGCUCCAGUCCCAUUUAUUUACUUUUGUAUCAGCUAAACUGUAAAGUUAAACUCUGUGGAUGCAGAACCAUCUCCAAAAGUGGCUUUAUCACCUCAGCAUCUGUUGUUGCCUUGAAAGCCUGAAUCUGCCACUACAGAAAAAUAUUUCUACCAUAUGCUGGACUUCACUUCUUUUUGUUUAAAUGUGGGGGAAAGGAGAGCUAGAAAGAAGGGCUGUUUAUUUUGAUGAACUUGUUAAAUCAUGUUUAUUUUAUGCAGUCUUGGGGUAGAGCAGGGCAGGGUGGGGGGAACACUAGUUCACUUUAAAAGAAGUUGCUCUUACCAUAUUGGGCUGAACUGGUUCAUAAGAAGUUGUACUGGUUCUCCUUAAUCAAAUUGUCAAGUCAAAUUUUCACCAAUCUUUUUGUCAACUGUUGUAUAGAUGAAGCUGUAUUUGAGUUGCCACUGUUCAUCUACAUACUCAAAACAUGAAUCAGUUUUUAGAGUAUCUUGAGUGUGUAGAGUGUGACUGUUCUAUGAUAGCUUUAUGAUCCUGUUAACUUUAAAAACAAACACCUAAAUGGAGUUGGCUCUUCCAUGUUACAAUCACAAAUUUAAAAACCAGUAUUUAAAAGUGAAAAGUAUUAAAAGACAUUACAAACAAA